UAUCUUAUAAUUGAAAUGAAAAAUAGGAAAACAGCCGGUGGUAAGGAUACACCUAGCAAGAUGAAGUAUCUCAGCCCUUCAAAGAUCAAGUUCAGGGCUGCAGUCAAUAAGGUAAUUGACCAGAAUAGACAGAGAAGGGAAAAGGCAAGAAAAAAUUGGUUCACUCUUCAAACAAGUCUUAUUUCUUUGAGAGUAAUCCCAGAGAAAGAGAUGGAAGAGCUACUCCAAGAUGAAGAUUAUACACAAAUUAAGGCACUUACUUCGUUCAUUACAGCUACUUUGGUUCUGAUGUUUAGCGUUAGUAGUUUUGUGUAUACAUUAGAGGCAUUCCAAAGACUUGGAGCUAAUAAAAAUCAGAUUGAUUAUGUCUUUGACAACUGGAAGACUCCAUUUCUUGAAGAUAUUUUGGUGGUGGAUCCUUACCAAACCUGUCCUGAAGGAUAUGAAUACCUUCUGGAUUCCAAAUGGGCAGGAACUGUGAGCGGCUGCUUAUGUCAGGCAACUGAGAAUAGAAGAUCAAAGCUCACUAUAGGAUCAUGCAACAUUAAAGAGCAUAGAAAAGGCUGUCAUACUAUUAAGGAAACUCCAGAAAGCUCUUCACAUUGGAUUCAUAACUCGACCUUAUGUGGAAAAAGAAGUAGCCUGAACUUCUUAGAACUACAGAAGCCUGAUGCUGAGAACAAAUGUGAGAUAGGGUUAAAGAUGUGCGGAAAUACACUCCACGAUUUUAAGUUUGCUACAUGUGUUCCUACUGACUCUCCUUGUCCAAUAACUGAUCUUGCAGUUAGCUCUACUCAGUCACCAUCUUUAGGGAAGAAAUAUGAGAAGAUUGCACUUUCAGAUUCCCAGACUUUGUAUUAUUCAAGAAAUAGUUCUCACUUGCCAGUUGCUGAAUUAAAGCUCACGGAAGGUUCUCCUUGUAUAGACGUCCAUGAAUUUGAUCAUGCAACUCGCUCAAGAUUUAAGAAGCUUUCAAGGAAUAUCAAAAAGGGAUGCAACACUAUUUUAGAGAACGAUGUUCUCUAUGAUGAGAGAUACAGAUUUGUCACUAGUGAAGACAACUAUGAAAUCAUAAAGUCCCAAGCUCAUUGGGAGAAAGCAUGGGGGAAAGCUUCCACCAUGAAUCUUUACCAGAGAUCAUAUAUUCAAUGGGGCUCAGAGUGAUAUGCAAAUAAGCUUUCUCCUGUAGAGACAUUUAACAAUAUUGCGGCUGUAGAUUCGGUCAAUACAUGGCAAUCAAUGUUCAACUAUGUAUCUUUGGCGAAUAUUCUCGUUUCAUGUUGUAUUUUUGGACUUGUCAGCUUGAUUAUUACUUCAUACAAAAUCUUAUUAGGAGGGAAACCAGGUAAAUGGGUAGGCUGGUUCGAACAACUGAGUUAUAAAUGGACCAUCUCCAUGUCAUUCCUCAAAAUUCUGCUAGUAUAUUUCUGUGUUAGCUACAUUGACCAUUAUCAGCAAGAUAUUAUCGAGGUCAGUGCUAGCAUGUGCUCUGAUAAGAUCACCAACCAAUGUCUUAAGACCUUAGGAAGCUCUUUGCUAGACUCCAGAGAAGAUGACUUAUUCGUGUUCAAAAUCACAAUGCUUAUGCUUGCUUUUGAGGUGAUCAAUUUCCUCACACCAAAGAUAGUCCAUCUGAGAAAGCAGCAAAGUAAGAAGAUCAAAAUUGAUUAA